AUGGAAAAACAUAUUGCCAUAAUCGGAGCUGGCAUCAGUGGCCUGCUGGCCUGUAAAUACGCGCUAUCGAAAGGUUACCGGCCGAUAGUAUUCGAAGCUCAGAGCAGAAUGGGAGGUGUGUGGAGAAAAACACUGGAGACAACUAAGCUCCAGUCUCCAAAAGAAGUCUAUCAGUUCUCUGAUUUUCCGUGGCCGUCUUCAGUCACCGAAGAGUUUCCGACCCAGCGUCAGGUGAUGGAGUACGUCGAAGCGUAUGCUCGCCAUUUCGGGUUGAUCCAACAUAUCCAGUUCAAUGCCAAAGUGGUUAAUAUAAGGUUUGAAGGAGCAUCUGAAGAAGAGAUGGCAUGUUGGGAUCUUUGGGGAGGUAAUGGCGAAACUUUUAGUUCCGAAAGGAAGUGGAUUGUAAACGUACAAGAUACUAACAAUCUUUCCACUAAGAUUUACGAAAUGGACUUCGUAAUACUAUGUCUAGGACGGUUCAGCGACUUACCAAACAUUCCAAAGUUUCCCCCGGGCGAAGGCCCUGAGGCAUUUCAAGGCGAUGUAAUACACUCCAUGGAUUAUUCAGCUAUGGAUUUCAAAACUGCGUCAAAUUUCAUUAAAGGCAAGCGGGUUAUGAUCGUCGGCAUCCAAAAAUCUGCAUUGGACAUUGCGAUGGAGUGCUCAUCGGCCAAUGGAGUGGAAGUUCCUUGCACAAUAUUAUAUAAGACGGAAUCGUGGGCGAUCCCUGAUCAUCUUCCAUGGGGAGUGCCUAUGUCAUAUCUAUACAUGAAUCGCUUCUCCGAGCUUCUAGUUCAUAAGCCUGGCGAGAGCUUUCUUUAUAAUCUAUUGGCAACAUUUCUUUCACCUAUGAGAUGGAUUUCUUCUAAAUUUGUUGAAAGCUAUAUUAAGUGGAAGCUUCCUCUAGCAAAGUUUGGGAUGGUACCAAAACAUAGUUUUCUUCAGCAAAUAAGCUCUUGUACAAUCUCGGCUUUGCCCGAAAAAUUCUACGAUAGAGUUGAAAAUGGAAGCAUCAUUUUGAAAAAAUCACAGAGCAUUAGAUUCUGCAAAGAUGGGGUUCGCGUCGACGGCGAGGUCGCGCCCCUGAACAUAGACUUGGUCAUAUUGGCAACAGGAUUUAGAGGCGAUGGAAAACUUAAGGACAUUUUUGUAUCACCAACUUUUCAAGAUCUCAUUGCAGGAUCCCCCGAUGCUACAGUUCCUUUAUACAGAGAAUGCAUUCAACCCCGAAUUCCACAACUAGCAAUAGUGGGAUUCUCAAUAAGCCUUGCAAAUUUGUACACCUCAGAGAUCAGAUGUAGAUGGCUAGCAGAACUUCUUGACAGUACCUUCAAGCUCCCAAGAAUUAAAGAAAUGGAGGAAAACAUAAAGAAAUGGGAGGAUUACAUGAAGCAAUCCUCAGGGAAGUAUCAUAGAAGAUCAUGCAUUGGAGCACUUCACAUUUGGUAUAAUGAUCAGCUCUGCAAAGAUAUGGGUUGGAAUUCAAAGAGGAAGAAGGGAUUGAUUGCUGAAUUGUUUCAGCCUUAUGGCCCCAUGGAUUAUUCUUCAUCUUAAUUUUAUCGUCUAUCUACAACGGUCAACACGUGAUAUGUGCACUAUUGACCAGUGUACUGUUGACCUUUUAUGUAUGAGUUUUUCUUGUGUUUUUUAAAUGUAUUUUAAGUGUUUUUAGUACUUUUUUGUGCUUAACUAGUUGUAUUUUUGGUAUUUUUU